GUAACCGCCGAGGAAGAAGGGGGCGGGACCGCGUAUCACCAUGUCGAGGAGACGCUGUUUUCUUCGAUGCGAAGGCAAGUUCCCUUUGUACGGACUUCCGAAGAAGGAGGAGGGGAAGAGCCGGUGGCUGAGGUUCCUUUCUCGCACGACUCAUCCUCAUCAUCAUCAUCAGCGGCAGCAGCACAGCCCCAGUCCCAACCCCAAACUGGUGCUGUGCUCCCUUCAUUUCACCGAGGACUGCUUCCUGAACUGGACGCAGUACACCGCCGGGUUUUGCACACGGUUGCUCCUGAAAGACGGGGCGAUCCCCACUUUGUUGGGCCGGUCCGGAGCUUCGGGGUCACCGCCUGCCACCUCUUCUAAUGAUCCUUCUACCAUGGAACACAUCGGAACAAAUAUCGUCUGUCAGCAAGCAAGCCUCCAACUGCCAAACAGCAGAACCACAAUGGUCCAGUUGGUUUCUCCAACAGGGAUUGUACUUCUAACUCCCACUUUGUCCAUACUACCUCUGUUUGCCUCUUCUAGUGAUCUGCCUACUGCUAAAUGCUCUGAAAGUGAGUCUAAAACAAACAGCGUUGCCUGUCAGUGUGUGAACCUCCAAGUGCAAGAAAAAGGGACAUACAUGUACACCCGGCCUACCCGUACAAGAAGCAAAGGCAUUCAAGUUAAAGUACACUGCAAGGACGCCUAUGUAAAUGCGAAUGAGAAACACCUUGAAAACUUGGAAAGCUCAGAAACACAGCAUGUUAUUGAUGAAGAGUCCAUCUUGGAGCUGCUAAAGUACUGCCCUAAAUGCAACAGACAAUGCCGCUGUACAAAAAAAACCAAAGGCGUCUACUUCAUCGUCAUCCAGAGCUGCUAUUUCUGCGAGUACCGCCGCAAAUGGGCCAACCAGCCAGAGGCUAAAGACAUCCCAAUCACCUCCUGUCGGCGAAAACAGCGGAAGAAGAAACGGCCUCAGUUGGACAAAGUGUCUGUAAACAUUUCCAUUCAACCAUCAGAUCUUAAGGAAUGUUAUGUGGUCUUGGGUCACCCGUGCCCAAUUCCACAUGACCAAUAACACAGCAGAGAAUCGUGACCAUCCCCUACAGUUCAGAUUAUCUGUUGCAUCGGCUUUCAACCCGUUACGCAGCCUUAAGAGGAUACAGGGAAACAAACGUGUAAAUAUUACGGACAGUGCUUGAGCUGCGUAUAAGUGGAUGUAUUUAUUCAUGUGGGUUCAUGUCCAAGAGGAGAGUCAAGUCAAGUCAAUUUUAUUUGUAUAGCCCAAUAUCACAAAUUACGAGAUGCUGAGGUUGAGAAUUAAAGUGGUUUUGUCUUACUUGGUGGGGUUUUCUUGUAUAUUCUUGGGGUGUCUUUAUCUUAGCUGGAGAAAGUCUUGGAGUUUGGGGAAUGUCCCUUAGAACGGCCUCUCUGCAUUGCUGCUCCUUAGUGUACACAUACACACACAAUAUAAGUCAGGUAUCAUUCCUCCAACACCUAAGAACCAUUAUAUAGCAUCAGCAUAGGCUAAAUUAGUCAUACUGUGAGGGCAAUUCAUAUAUGAAUGUUGCUUACUUUUAAUCUUGAAACCAUGUAUCAGAUGUACUAGGUUCACAUUGUUUGAAUGGAUGCCUGAGGCUCAUGUGUAGCAGGUCAAAGGUGGUUCCAUAAAGGGCCUUCUCCUGUGUGAACUAGUGAAGGCCUGUGAUUGACUGUUGAUUGAUGCCAGAGGAACAUCUGCAAAGUUCAUUCAAGGGUGACAAGGCUUGAAGGGACGAUCAUGGAGAAUUAUGAGCUGGAAGAUGAGGAUGAGGGGAGACCUGACCUAUGAACUCUGAGCAAGUUCUGAUAUUAGGAUGACAGUCCAGCAAUAAAGAUGAGCUCCUUCUUCCGACCAGGAUGCGGGAGAGACUCUGGGUACAUACCAUUAUGAUUGAAGCAAUGGGCAUGUUUGUGUCGCUUGGCAUAAAGGGAGUGCGCUCUGAGAUGACAGCGCGCAUUCGAGUGUCUGGGCUUGUGCGUCUGUUCAUUGAACAUAUUAA